AUGUCCGAAAUUAAUACUGUUACUACUAUGGUUUCAUUAGCAGACGAAAUUAAAAAACAUAAUACAGAAAAACUUAUCUCGUUUUUGAAGGAACAGGACUUAGAAGAAAAGCUUCAUAGUUAUGGAAUGCCUGGAGGACCUGCGUCAGAUUUUGCAGACUUUACCAAGGAGUGUAAAGAGAAGAAGUUAUGCUCGUUUUCCUCAUACCAUCUCGUCUCUGAGGUUGGUAUCAAAUUACGUCUUUGGAGUUAUGGAACGUUGUUGAUGACAAGUUUGGAGUCUAUGCGUAAUGAGUACAUUUCAACUAUACUGCAUACUGCCCUUCAUAUCACAGAAGAUAAGUCCGAAGACCUUAUUUGCAUCAUGGAGGACAAGAUCCAGCAAAAAUUAAUAGAAGGCUUCGCUCAUAAUAUUAAGCAACUCGAAAGUUUAUAUAAACAAACAAGAGAAAACAGAAGUGGAAUUUUACAAGCAAGUAAAGCACCUUUUAGCAUUGAAUUUACUAAAGAAUCUUUGGACAAGAGCUCCGAAGAAUAUCAAACAUUGCAUAAGGGUUUGAAGAAGGUUUUAGGCAUAAUCGUUGGCUUAUUGAAGGAUAGA